AUUCAGCGGGUUUUGAGUAAUAAAUGCGUCUCUGUAACUUCUCUUCUUUUCUCUCUGCAUUUUUCAGUCUUUUUCAUAUUCACCGCCUAAAAAUGCUUCCGCCAGAAGGAUAAAUCAGUAGCCGGAGUUCUCUUGCUCAGUUGCCGCUCGUUUUCGCGUAGAAAACUCAGCGGCGGCAGGAGAAGGCGGAGCUGUUGGCGGUGAUUAAUUCAAUUUCGAGAAUCGACACCGCUGGAUUGUCGAUUAAAUUUGGGAUUUUAAGAUGCAGAAACUUCAGAUUCAUAAUAAAGAAGGAAUCAAUGCAGAGAAACCAAAUGUUGGUGAGGAAGCAAGACUGCCAAUGCAAACAGAGUCUAAUACCAGAAAGGGAAAUCAGAUGCGGCAGAAAUUUAAACGUCCUCCAAGGUAUUUUCAAUGCCAAGCAUGUGAUGGGAAGAUCAACAAACGCAAGAAACGUAAAUCUAAGAAGCAAAGAGCAUGCUACAUUUGUGGUCGUAUUGGACACAAAGGAAAUCAAUGCAAACAGGUGAACGGUUGCUUCAUAUGUAAUAAAAAGGGACACUUGGCCAUAGAUUGUCCGUACAGAAAUGCCGGAACAGGCCGUGCUUUGCAAUUUUGUUUAGUAUGUGGAGGUUCUGGCCACAACAUGUUCUCUUGUACCAAUGAUUAUGAUUCCAAAGAUCUCGAGGCUAUUGAAUGCUACGUUUGCGGAAAAGCCGGUCAUCUUUGUUGCAUUGACAACAAAACCGAACGGCUAAUAAAAGCCACUUGUUACGGAUGCGGACAGCCCGGCCAUUUUGGUUGGAACUGCCCACAAGUGAAAGAUGUUUCCAAUAAUUCGCUGCGCCCGAAGAUUAAAGUGAACGGUUUUAUCAAUAAAUCGUCAAUUAGAGUGAGUGAUCGUUUCCAUCAACCAAAAGUGAAUGGUUUUGUCAAUAAUCCAUUGCGCCCGAAGAUUGAAGUGAGCGCUUGUUCUCAACAGCUAUGCGUAGAGGCAAUAUCCAUAGAUAAAGACGAAGUUGGAGCUAAACCUAAGAAGAUGGAGAUGUUGUGCAGAGAUCCUAACAGGAACGAAUUUAUGCCUGCUUCUGGAACUAAUCUUGGUCGUUCUCGAGUAAACAGCCGGUGGGGGCCACCAAUUGUCGUCGCCGGCCCAUAUAAUCAUGGUGAAGCUGCAAGACAUCCUCAUGCAGGUCUUAUUCCGUCGUAUCCUCCGGCUCCCCUUUAUUAUCCUCAAAAUGGUGGCCCGAUCCAUCGAAUGAUGACUCCUCAACACCCUUACCCUCAACCAUAUGAGAAUGGUAGUCUUAGCAAUCGGCGUGCAACGUUCUUCCCCGGAACUACAGGUCAAAUUCGUUAUCCCGCCGGAGGAGUUCUUCCUCAUCAAAUAAUGGGUCCUCCUCUUCUGCCAACACAGAACCAUCUUCCUCCGGUAUACCCAAAUUGGAGGAGUUGGAAUUGAUUUAUUGUAUUUGUGCAACAGCCAACAGGUAACUAUUUCUAACAGAAUUUUUGUGUUUAAUUUGUUUAUACAUUUGAGAUUAUGUACUGAUCAGCACAACAUAAGAAUAUAUAUAUGAAAUGAACAAAUCAGGUUGUUGGAUUCUCACUUUGAUAUUUAGAUUUGACAUAAAUUA